AUGAGCCCCUCCAAUGAGCCUACUGCCUUAACGUUGUCGGGCAAUGGCCAGGUCAAUAUUAUCACGACAAAACCGCCGUCACCUCCUGUACGACUCUCCUCCCAAGGCUUGUUGAUACGUGGGACAUCUGGGGACGACGCAGAUUUCCGAACGAUAAGCCCUCUACCAAGUCAAGGACUGCGCGUUUCUGAGGUGAUUGAAGACCUUCGUGAACGUAUUCUACCAAGCCACGAUAUCCAGGAAGUAUCGCGUGAAAAUCAUCACACAAAGCCAUUAUCUAGCCGUGAGGCUCGAGAACGCGCUCUAUCUCUAGGAGCUUCGGGAAAUCUGAUAACAGCCGAGGAGGCUUUGACCCUAUUGACCAUCAACCGACUUCGUUGUAAAGAGGGAUAUCUAUUUGAUGCAGCCCGGAACCGGAGGAUACUCGCCGAUGAUCAUCGCCUGCAAGGUUUCUGGGGUUGGAUCGAACGUGCGCGCAAUGACUCGUCUAAUGACUCAAUGAUUGCAAAUGGCUUGGAUCUGAACUACGUGGGAGUCUGUGACAUCUGGAACAAUGAUCUAGGCGAUACCUUGGACACUCGGCACCUCGAACCCGAUGCCAGACUUGAUAUCAGUAAGGUCAUCGUCAAUCUUGUUCGAGAACAAUUAAAUCUCCCUGAGACCAGGGGCUGUGAGACAGAUUAUCCAGAGCAUCGCAGGCUUUGCCUCCGACUCUGCGGCGCGGCUCAGACUCACCGUGAAUUGGAAGAACUCGUCAGAACAUUGUCAGCCGAUAGCCAGCAUACUAAAGCAGCAGCUCUGGCUGUCUUCCAGGAUGAGGCUAAACUGGCCUACUUAGCGUUGCGAAGCCACCACCCCACUCAAGCACAUAAGCUGCUUGCCAUGGCCAUUGCUGGUGCAGCGAAGGGUGACACUGACCCAGAUUGGGAGGACACCUGCGCGGAGAUUGCCAAAGAACUCACAGACCCGUACGCACGAGCGAUCUUGGCACUUGUGAGCAAAGGGGACUGGAACUCUGUCAUUCAGGAAACCACGCUUCCUUUGAAGUAUCGAAUUGAGGUUGCUGUGCGUUGGCUGCCCGACGAUGAGCUGACCGAGUAUAUAAAUGAAAUGACCGCCGAGGCCAUCCUUCAGGGAGACAUCGAAGGUAUUGUGCUAACAGGACUGGGGCCUUCCGCUAUGGACCUUUUUCAAUCAUACAUCAGGAAAUUCAACGACGUACAAACACCGGUCCUCGCCAUGAGCCACUCCGUCCCACGAUUCAUUAAUAACAACCCUAAUAGAGCUCGUUUUGAAGCAUGGCGUGAAACGUACCGUUGGCAGAUUAAUUCCUGGAAACUACAGCUGGAACGAGCACGAUUCGAUGUCGGUUCUCGCAAAUUUGCCGUCACCUGGGACGGUAGAAAGCUGAUUGAGCCACCGCGACAACAAGUCAGUCUGACUUGCAAUUACUGUACCCGACCACUUACUCAACACGAUGCCUCUUCUCAGCUGUCACCAUCUACCACGGGUGAGGUCGUUCACCCCACCCCUGGGAAUCCCCUGGGCACGUCGGCGAUGUCCGGAAUGGUUUGUCCACGCUGCGGUCGGCACAUGCCCCGAUGCGGCGUUUGUACUUUUUGGCUGGGAUCCCCAGACCCGAUGUCCAAAGCGUGCCUCGCCGCUGACGCUGGACAGCAGGCCGGAAAGCCUACCCAAGCGGAGAUGAUGCGAAGAUUCAUCGUGUUUUGGUAUGUCCGGUUGCCGAAUGCAACUGUGUCUGUGAUCGAUGAAGUGCUGAUCUUACCUUUCAAUUUUCCAUUAUUUUUACCUUGUGGCAUGGGCUACGGUGGAGGAAGGGUUUGGUGUUGUUUCUGA